ACACACACGCAACGUACAAAAACAGUAAACGGUGUCUUCUACCACGCACCCAUCAUUCCAAUUCAGCAGGCGUUACGAGACGCGUUGUCGGAAUUGACUUUGUUAACGCGUCAAAGGCCUAAACGAUCCCGUGUUCUGUUGCAGCGCAGGCCUGCAAUCAACUCGUUCAAGAUUCCGACAUUAACGCUGUUGGAAGGCUCGGAGGGCUCCUCUCGUUUUGUUUCUCUUAAGUGGCAGUUUAUUUGUGUGUGUGUGUGACCCAGUGUCACACUUGCUUCUUACCUACUCCUACUACAACGUCCGGCAACACACGUCAACACACGUCGUCGCACCUUCCCACCGCAGCUUUCUCCCUUCCCCUGCUGCCGCUACCGCCCGUACUACUUGAACCGUAGCACCUUAUAACCCCCCACUUCUCCACCACGCUCAGGGCCAGGACCCAUCUGUCUUUUCCUCUUAACUAUCCCGUCUCCGCAUCCCGAGCACUCCCCCGCACCCCCACUCACCAUCCCACAUAUCCACAGAGCACGAGAAUGCAAGCAACACAGGCGUCGACAGACGAGCAGACGGCGACAACGACGACGACUACGCCGGCCGUGCAAGACGAGCCGGUUGUCCUGCAUCUUCGUGGUGAGACGAGUGGACGCCGUGUCCAUUGGUCGCAAAAUACAGUCGACAACGAACACCUUAACAAAAAAAAAUCGAAGAUUUGCUGCAUCUACCACAAGCUGCGUGAGUUUGAUGAAAGCUCUUCCGAAGAGAGCGACAGUGACUCUGGCUCAGACAGCGACUCUUCGUGCUGCCACAAGAACGCGUACGAACGCGCAUAAGUCCUGGAGUGUAAUGAGUUCAUGCCCGUUUUUGCCUUUUCUUGGCCUUGAUGCGCGCAGACGGCCGUUUCUGGGCAGCAGCCCUUCGGGCCGUCUGCCGUUGCACUCUGUGCGUUUUUUCCACCGUUCCCGUCGCCCGCCUACUCGACGACUCGGUUUUGUAUAUUAAUGAAUGAACCAGCGUAUCACCUGCGGGAUCUGUAGAAUAGUGCGCUCUAGCGAG